AUGGGCAAAGAAGGCCUCAGAUACGCCGCGAAGGUCGACCUCGACACACCAGCAGCCGAUCAAAAAGUCCUUCAUAACCGUUGGCACCCCGACAUUCCCUCGGUCGGCACCAUCAAGAACAACGAAGUCGUCAAGAUCGAAUGCGUAGACUGGACGGGCGGGCAGAUUGGCAAUAACGACUCGGCCGACGAUAUCCGCGACGUCGAUCUGACCAAGAUCCACUACCUGACGGGUCCUUUUGAUAUCGAGACAGCGGAGCCGGGCGAUGUUCUGGUGCUGGAGAUUCAGGAUGUGCAACCGCUUGAAGAGCAGCCAUGGGGGUUUACAGGGAUAUUUGCGAAGGACAAUGGGGGUGGGUUCUUGGAUGAGAUUUACCCUGAACCGGCAAAAGCCAUCUGGGACUUCGAAGGCAUAUUCUGCUCCUCCCGCCAUAUCCCUGGCGUCCGCUUCGCCGGCUUAAUCCACCCCGGCAUCCUCGGCUGCGCGCCCUCCGCCGAUGUCCUCGCCCUCUGGAACAAGCGCGAAGGCGAGCUGAUCGAAGCCUGCGCACAUACGCACGACCGCAUUGUCGCCCAGCCACCGCAGCCCAAGAACGCGCACGCCGGGUCUGCUGAUGCAGAUCUGAAAGAAAAAGUUGGGCGCGAAGGCGCUCGUACGAUCCCCGGUCGUCCUGAACAUGGCGGUAACUGCGACAUCAAGAACUUGUCGCGUGGGUCCAAGGUGUUCCUCCCGGUACACGUCAAGGGCGCAAAGUUUAGUGUUGGCGAUCUGCAUUUCUCGCAGGGCGAUGGGCAAAUCUCGUUCUGUGGCGCGAUCGAGAUGGCGGGUGUCAUCACGAUCAAGUUCUCGGUCAUGAAGGGCGGCGUAAAGCAGCUGGACAUGAAGAGCCCCAUCUACAUCCCGGGACCCGUGGAGCCGCAAUUUGGGCCGGGCAGAUACAUCUAUUUCGAGGGAUUCUCGGUCGAUGAGCAUGGGAAACAGCAUUAUCUCGAUGCGACGGUUGCGUAUCGACAAACAUGUUUGCGAGUAAUUGAGUAUCUGAGGCGGUUUGGCUACAGUGACUACCAGAUCUACCUCUUGCUAUCUUGUGCUCCAGUCCAGGGUCAUAUUGCAGGUAUCGUCGACAUUCCUAACGCAUGUACCACCAUUGGUCUUCCAGUGGACAUAUUCGACUUCGAUAUCUCGCCGCAUCUUCCAGCCGAGAAGAAGGACCUGGGAAGCUGCGCGUUCGCGGGCAAGUAG